AUGGUAUAUGCACUAAAUAGAUAUUGUGCUAUUCAAUUUCAUACAUUACUUAUAACACUAAUGUUAACAAUAGUUAAUAAUUGGUAGAAUGAAUAUAUUGAAUCGGUUGUAAUACGAUACAAAAGGAAGUUUAAAAUUCCGUCUUUGGUAAACCAUAAACACUAUGAAUUUCCAAUAAUAAGGUAAGCGAAUAUGGUUUGAAUUAAUAUAUCAAAAUACAACAAAACAUUUGUUUUAUAUCCGACUAAAUUCAUUUUCAGCUGAGAGUCUUUCAAAGAGAAUUAAAGAUGGUGUCUUGAUAUUAUAAUUAAGGAACUACGAUUCUAAUUGUUAUAAUCUCAUAAAUGAUCGACCUGAAGUUAAUAACGACCCUCUUUUCUUAUUUUGAUUUUGUGUUGAGUCAUAAACGGUUGUAAGCUCCUCCUUUAUCUAAGAUGUAGUGAAUUCAUUCUCUAAUAGAAUAAUUGUAAAAGUAUUGAACAACAAGGUCCACCCCAUUCUCUAAAAAAAUGGCGAAUUUAACAUGUAAAUAUACUAUAAAACGUACUGGAGGUGUGACACGAGUAUUUAGCCGCAAAUGACCUCCUUGAUAACAUUUAUGUACGUUUUGGCAAUAUAGUUGUAGGUAUUCAUUUGGGCACCAAUUGUGUCUCUUUAAUAUGAGACUUAUUCUUGUACUGAUAAGAAUCACAGUUUAUGCUCUAGAAACAGGAAAGUGGUCGACCCCCUAACUUCUUGUGUCAUUUUAUUUGUAUUGAAUGACUGAUGGAUUUAAAAGGUAAAAAGAAGACAAAAAGGUAGGAUCUGGUACACCGGGUUCAAAAAGUACAGAACCAAAAAAACAAACAAAAAACAACCACAACACUUUUAGUAUUAUCAUUAAUAUUCAAAUAUGCAAUUAAUAUCAAUUAUUGAACUUGUGUGAAAAAUUCAAUGUGUAGAGUGCAACAAAAAUCUGAAGAUGUGAAAUGGCAAGCACGUCAACAUAGACAUGACAGAAACGAAACAUGUUGAUUCCAUAUGGAGGCAGUGUUCUGAAGAUGGUAAAACAAAACCAUGGUUCGUAAUAUCAGUCAUUGGAGACUCAACUAGUAUUGUCCCCAGCACGUGGGAGAAAUCAGGAUUCCAGAGUAGUUUGAUAGAUACAGCCAAAGGUGCAAAAGAAUGUUGGAUCUUUCACAAAGGCGGAAAAGGAAAACUGAGCGAGACUGUUAGAAAAGCAGUAGAAAACUACAGGGUGAUGACAGGACAGAGGAUUCCAGAUGACAAAUCGAACAGAAUCAAACAUUUCGAUAUCUGGAAAAAUGUAAACAGAGCUAAUAUCAAACUUAUAGCUAUACAGUCCACUGAAAAGCGACAGUCUUUAAAUUCCAGUAUACAAAGCGAUAAAUUCGACAAACAUUUUGAGAUAGCUGAUGACAAAUUUGCAGAUGUUCAUACAAAUCUACUGAAGAAAAUUGGACAUGAAAGAGUGAAAAUUAUGAAGCUGCAAAAGGAUCUCACUAUCAGGAUCCCCGUUAUAGUGAUUGUAGCAGAGGGAGAUAUAAAGACAAUCAGACAUGUAGAUCAGAUUCUACAACAGGGAAUACCUGUAGUUAUCAUCAAAGGUUCUGGAAAGGCUGCAGAUGUUAUAUCAGAGUAUCUUAUAUACGGUGAGGAUGUAUUAAAGAGUACAGCACCACUUUUGCUCGGUACAUACACACACCAAGAUGAUCUCAUGAAUAUAGAAUUAUUAAUGAAGAGCAUUCAACGCCAAGGCCAUAUGAUAUCCAUAUUUGACAUUAAAGACCCGACGCAACGUUCUUUAUCAGACACAACUACUGAUGCAAUAUUACGAGCUUGGUCUAUAGGGACAACAAACAAUAGUCUACCAAACACACCAAGUCCAAUAAACAUAGAUUCCAUGAAACAGACAGGAAACAGAUCAAGAAUUCAAAAUGAAAAAUACCCAAUACCAAACUUGAAAGAGAUCGCAAAUUUUGAGGAAAUUGAACCAGAUAGUUCAACAGAAAAAUUGAAGAGAAAGUCAAAUUUUCUUGCACCUGUGACGAAUAAUCGGGACACAGGUUCCCCGGUACCAUUAGCUGAAGAACUUUCAACCCCUGCUUUUUCCAGAUCAAAAACACUAAACCCAAUUGGAGUAAAGACAUGGUUAAACCCAUCAUCAUUUCCGUUAUACUUUUUCAUUGCAUAUCAACUUAUUCAGCUGAAAUUUAAGGAAGACGAAAAAUUGUGUCGCGAGAAUUUAACUUACCUGUUAGAGAAAGCCAUCGAAGCAGACAAAUUAGACUAUGUUACUGUCUUACUUCAAGAACACGAUGUACAGUUUGACACAAGGUGUUUCCCACAUCUCUACGCGGAGACAGUAAAAUGCAAACUUUGUGAACACGACUGUCAGCAUCUUUACUCCGUAAUUAAGAUGAAAAGUGGAUCAUGGAUUCUUUUUGAUGAAGAUGACGACGAUAAUGGUCAUUUGUGCAUAGAUUCUGCUCGAAGCAUUUGUGCAACAUUUCUUCAUUAUCCAAGAGUUUCAGUCCAUGGAGAAUAUAAAGAAGCAAUUUUCCAUGACUUAUUGAUAUGGUCAUUAUUUGCACAUAGACCAAAUUUGGCGACAAUGUUCUGGAAAGCAUGUGAUGACCAGCUAUUGACAUCUCUGUUGGCAACUGGUAUCUUGAAGAAAAUGGCGUCCAGUGCAAAGGAAAACGCAGACCAGUCCGUCUAUGAGGAUCUAAUGGAACAUGCAAGAGUGUUUGAGCGUCGAUCAUUGGAGAUGCAGUCCACUUUGUAUAAAGAUCAUCCAAAGGAAGCUAUGGAAUUGAUGACUACUGAGGUCAGUGUCUGGGAUAUCCAUAUCAGCCCUCUGCAGUGUGCAUAUGACAACGAUCUAUAUGACUUUAUAGCUCAGCCAUGUGCACAAAGAUGUCUGAACACCAUAUGGUAUAACAAACUGGGCACUAACUUCUGGGCUUCGGCAAAGAAAGGAUUUAGAUUCCGAAAAAUUGGCGGGAAAUUAGCAAUCUGUAGAUUCCUGGCAGCUCCUUUUACAAAGUUUGUUAUAAAUUAUAUGAUUUUUCUGGCAGCUCUUGUUAUAUAUAGCGCUUUCCUGCUAACGUCUAUUAAAAGGUACGAUGAAAUAACCUGGUAUGAGGGAUUUGUUUACGUCUGGAUGUUUGCAGAUAUUAUUGAGGAGUAUGUGGUUCCAAAGGUGAUGGGACGAGAUUCCAAUACAGAUAAUUGGUACAGAUUUAGGAGGUAUAUAGGCGAUUUCUGGAACGUUUUGGAUACAAUAUCAUACAUAACAACAUUUAUAGCCAUUGGAUUGCGUUUUGAUGACCUUAAGUGGGCAAGACGUAUUUAUAGUUUCAGCCUGUUCAUGGUCUAUAUGAGGUUUCUUCAUUUUGUCCUCAUUUAUAGGAAAGUUGGAGUCUAUGUAAUCUUGAUAAAAGAAAUGAUGAGAGACUUGGCUCGCUACUUCGUCAUCUUGAUUGUGUUUAUGGUGGCAGUUGGGGUAAUGUACCAUGCAAAUAGGUACCCAAACCAUGAUGACAUGUGGUCAUCACAUGGAGUUGAAUACUGGAGAAUAUGGAGGAUAUUGAACCUUCCUUAUUGGCAACUAUAUGGAGAAAUAUUACUAGAUGAAGUGCGAGGUGAAAAUAAUACAGCGUCAUGUUCAAAAGACUUAUCAGUCUAUAAAGAUAACUACAACAUAGAAGAAUGUGUUGAAUCUGAUUGGAUAGUUUUAGUUAUUGCAGCCUUCUACAUGUUGUUAUCAAACUUGCUGUUAGUCAAUCUUGUGAUUGCUUUGUUCAGUGCACGUUUUGAGAAAGUGAAAUCAAAUUCAGAGAAAAUCUGGCGCUACAUACGGUAUUCUUACAUAAUGGACUACAAAAUAAGACUCCCGGCGGGCCUUAACCUUCUUCUCCGACCUAUUAUGGCGUUUCUAUGGCUCUGUGGCAAAUGCAGAAACAACAAAGUUGAUGACGAAUCGCUCAAAUACAGAAAAGAAAUGAAGCGAGCAUCACUGGAACAUAUUAGAACAUUACAAUCAAUGUGCGUUGAACGUUGCAUAUAAAUCAUCAACAACUUAUGUAUAUCUGUUGUUCUGUGGUUUUGAAAACACUA